GAUUGAUUGAUUGAUGAUUGAUUUCUUACUCGCGUUAGAAACAUUGUCAACAGAACACUGAGUCUCGAGACUCUUCUCUGACUCAGUUGCAUCGUUUUCUUCUUUGAUCUCAAACCUGCGAAAACAAUGAGUUCUGAUUAUGGAUACACUGUUGAAGUUACUGGUCUUUCACCCAACGCCACUGAUAAAGAUGUCUAUGAAUUUUUUGCUUUCUCUGGUGCUAUUCAUCAUGUUGAAAUUAUCAGGUCUGGUGAUUAUGCUUGUACUGCUUAUGUGACCUUCAAAGAUGCAUAUUCUCAAGAAACUGCAUGCUUACUCAGUGGAGCCACAAUUUUAGAUCAACGUGUAUGCAUAACACGCUGGGGGCAAUAUGAAGAUGAAUUUGAUUUUUGGAACAGGCCCUCUCAUAGUCAUGAGGAUGAGUAUUCUUCAACUACACAACAUAACAGUCAAUUUGUAUCAUCUGCUGGAGAAGUAGUUACUAUGACUCAAGAAGUCGUCAAGACCAUGCUAGCAAAGGGAUAUGUUCUAAGUAAGGAUGCAUUGGCCAAAGCUAAAGACUUUGAUGAGUCGCAUGGAGUUUCUGCCACUGCAACAGCCAAGGUUUCUGAAUUAAGCCAGAGAAUUGGCCUUACUGAUAAGCUAUCUGCUGGUUAUGAAGCUGUUAAAUCUGUCGAUCAGAUGUACAAUGUCUCUGAAACAACCAAGGCAGCUGCAUCUGCAACUGGAAGAUCAGUAGCUGCGGCCGCAAACUCUGUGGUAAAUAGUAGCUAUUUUUCGAAGGGAGCCUUGUGGAUGUCCGGUGCUCUAACCCGAGCGGCUCAAGCUGCAUCUGAUUUGGGUAACCGUGGUACUAAGCAGUAAGGCAAUGAAAUUGCUCUAGUCUUACAUUGGUUGUGUAUAUGUCUGCCUCUGCCAUAUAGCUUCUCUAACUUUUACAGCAUCAAUAGUGUAUAAUAAUAAUACUUUAGUUCCUACCUUGUAUACUUUCUUUGGUGCUAGUCCCUACAGAAAAUUUGUAUCGGUUUUAAUCCGAAAAAAUACUAUGAUUUGCUUUUGAUUCUCGUAAUAUUUUUAAUUGGUCCUUGGAUAGUUGAAUUGUAUGUAGUCCCUUGCCAUCAAUUAUUUUUACUGCAAGAAAAUCACAUGAACAAAUA